CCGAUUGAACCCGGUUGUAAUUACCACCAAUCUGAUUGAUAUAAUCGACGAAUUCCAAGUGGAGGAUAUAAACUUCUCAGUAAUGACUAUCGACCGUGAUUUCAAGGCCAAGGACAUACAAAUAUUCAUACCUGCUUACCCGCUGUACAUCGUAUCAACAGAUUCAACCGACCAACUGCAAGGACUUCUCAAGGAACUGAAAUCGACACCGAUCUGGAAUAUUGUAUCGGUAUUCUUCUUCAUCGAAGCUGGAGGGAACUAUUGUCAAAAUGCAUCGCAAGUGUUGCAAUUACUUUGGAAAUUCGAUCUGUUAUCUUCCUUUUACUUUUGCAUUGAGCCCAACAACGAUAUUAUGCUUUACACUUACAACCCGUACACCAACAGAGCCCCUGAUUCAUGGACCGAAGUCAACACAGAUGACAAACCAGACAGUCGGUGGACUUUAUAUAAGCAACUGUACAUUUCAAAUGAUAAAGGAGUAUGUCAAAGUCUCAGCUACGACAAAACAAAGGUUCUAGAUGGUUAUGAAGUAAAAGCUGCUGGUGAUACUAUGUCAUGGGAGCAUAUAACUCGCAACAAAACCUACAAUGCUUCAAGUUUUGAGGAAUCAUUGAUGAAUACCGAUAAAAUGUUUAUAGAAAACUUAUUCUCAGCAUUGAAUGUUACCCCAAAAAUUAAUUACGAUCAUACAGGUAUCUAUGCAAAUAACACCGCAACAGGGUAUAUCAAAUUAAUUAUAAAUGCUUCGCACGAUAUUGCCGUUUCUUCGCGACAUCGAGCGAGCGCUCUUGAAGUUGUUGAUAGAAUUAAUCUUCAUUAUCAGAAUGGUUACUUUAUAUUGUCGCAAUUCCAACCAUUUGAAAUACCUGCCGAAGAAGUUACUGAUUUUAACGACAGUCGUCCCGCUGUUGCACUAUUUAUAGGGGUAGUUGUAGUUGUUUUCAUAACUAUUUCUCUUAAUACUGAUAACGACUACUCUCGAGCAGCUUUAGAUAUUUUACGAAUGGUACUAGGCGCCGGAAUACUCACGCAACUUCAACGAUUUUCGAUGAAGAUUUGCUAUGUCACAACAUUUUUAAUGAUUUUUUUCAUAAGUCCCGCAAUUCAAGGCAAAAUAUCCUCUUAUUUGUCAACUCCAGACCAGCGCAAUGUUGAGAGUUUAAAAGACGUCUACGAUCAAAAAUACAACUUAUAUGUUUCUCCUUUUUACAUGCCUUACAUUCUUGAUCUGAACUUAUGGGUUGACGUAUCCGAAAGAAACUUUUUACAUCCAACAUAUUCCGCCGCUUGGGGCUGCUCAAAAUUCGUUUUAAAUGAUUCUUCUGCCGCAUGUUUGGCGUACAGUGAGCUUCAACUUGCGGAUGCUUUGAAGUACAAAUUACAUGUUACAACUACUUUUGAUCUCAAAUUUUAUUUGACAUUCUGGGUAAGGAAGAACUGGCCACUCAAAGAUAGGAUUGAUCAGAUAGCGUUGAAAAUGGCAGCAGCCGGACUUUUGAAUCAUUGGGAUAAGAAAACAUUUCAUUGGCCUUUAAAGAAAAUCAAAGAAUAUGAAUCCAUUAGAAGCUCAACUAAAUAUGAUCAAUUUGAACUAGAAAACAUGCUCUUUGCCUACAUAUUCCUUUUGCUGACUACAACUCUUGCUCUUAUUGUAUUCGGCAUUGAAAUAAUCUUAAAGAAAAUUCGACCACGCAGAAGAUUACAAUUGCAGCAACAAAUUGUAAUGUUCAAUCGUCGAGUCCACGUUAUCAAUGAGUGGGUUUAAUUUUGGCGGCGUGAUAAUUAUAUUCAUCUGAAUUGUGUGGAUUUUAUUAUGUCCUACGAUUUUUUCCGUUUUGUAAAGCUUAUGCACUAAACAA